UCUCUCCUGGGUCGUAGAAGGUGAUGCAAUAUCUUAAUAUAUGCCUUCAGUUGGAUCUAUGAGCAAAGCUGGCAUGGUCACAACCAUGGAGGUUAGGUUGGCACUGCGGUAAAAUCACAUGAGCGGACACGUGAGCGGGGUACUUCAGCGGACUUCGAGCGGACAGUCGUUUGUAUCGGCCGUGUGAGUCAGUAAAUCCCCGCUUUACACUAUCAAUUUGAAGGGAUUUUUGCAGCUUCGAAGGUAUACUCAAUGAAUACAUGUCUAGGCACGGAGAUAAGUAACCAGAGAUAGGUGUAUUUCCUAACUCCAGAUGUACUCCUGCGUUGGGAAGCCAUAGUGGCAAUCUAUAUAAGAAGAGACGACCAUCAUGGAAAGAUCAGACUAAUCUCAACCACUUCUUUUCGGUGAAUAAAGCACACCCGCACUGUACCUAGCUCACUUCUAACCGUACUCCUCCCAUCCAUUGAAAAUGGCAUCUCUCACCUGGUUCAUCACCGGCUGCUCAUCCGGCUUCGGCGAGCAAUUCGUCCGUAGCAUUCUCGCCCGAGGCGACAAAGUCAUAGCCACAGCUCGUAGACUGGGUAGUAUUGCACAUCUGAAGGAAGCCGGGGCUGCGGUCCUUCAGCUAGACAUCACUGACCAUCAAGCGAACAUUGACGCUGUUUUGGCGGAAGCGUUGAAGAUUUAUGGUGGGAUUGAUGUCCUGGUAAAUAACGCUGGGUAUAUAUCAAUUGGAACGUGGGAGGAGCUUAGAUAUGAAGAUUUCCUUGCGCAAUUCGACACGAAUGUUUUCGGCACAAUCAAAGCCACACGAGCAAUUCUUCCACAUUUCAGACAGCGACAUGCAGGAACUGUUGUCUUCAUUGGUUCUUUGUCGGGAUGGGUUGGCCAUCCUGGAUGUGGUGCUUAUGCUGGAUCUAAAUUUGCACUUGAAGGCAUGGUUGAAAGCCUCCAACAAGAAGUCUCCCCCUUCGGGAUCCGCACCCUCCUCAUGGAACCAGGCCGUUUCCGCACUCAGCUUCUUUCUAGUCAGAAUAUGAAAACCGUACAAUCUGCCAUCUCAGACUAUUCGCAGCUCUCCAGCGCCAGAAUCUCGGGCUUGGAAGGGGAAGAUAGGAAGCAGCCGGGUGAUCCUGUGAAGUUUGUGGAGUAUGUGUUGGAUUUGGUGAGAGGAGAAGGAGUUGCGGAAGGGAGGGAAGUUCCGUCUCGAUUGCCGUUGGGAAAGGAUGUGUUUGAUGAUGUGAAAAGGAAGUGUGAGGAGACGCUGAGAUUGUUGGAGGAGUGGAAGGAGAUUAUCAGGGGCACGGACUUGGUUGAGUGAAGUCCCAGGGUGAGGAGACUGCCAAUGAUUGGGAUUCGGAGAAGUUGAGAAGAUAGGUAUUAUAUGGCUUGUCAUGAAUUGAGCCUGCUGGGUUGAAUCUGCUUCAACCUAUUGGAAUUAGUUAUUAUGGUCUAAAUGGGCCCACCAUCCGAUCAAGGGUCCUCCAAAAGCGUCUUCCCAUCCAAAUCACACGUAAGCAACAAGUCACAAGUCAACUUCCCCGUUCGAUCAUAAUCUUUCACAAACUUAUCACCCCACUCCCCAACCGUAUUGUCCAUCGUAGUAGCCGGUUUCGUCUCACAGAAAUGACACAUUAACCCUUUCAAACCCUUCAUCAGAUUCAAGCGAGGUAGCUCGGCUACCACGACAUUGUAUUCAUCCCAUGUCAACAAAUUGCCUUCAAUGCGAUCGGGACCUUGAAAAUCGGCCCAGAUGCCGUAGGCUACUGCUUGGACUUCUUCUUCCUUGUGGAAAACUAUGGUUCCUGUGGUGUGGAGAGCAAUUGCAUCCCAGACGAGCCUGUGAAUAUCGGUCAGCAAAUCACUCGUAGAAUCUAAAGCGAGAAGAGUCCCCACCCUCGACUCUCCUAGCUAAUCUGAAAGGGAGUCUGGAAGAGUUCUUACUGCAACCGAUGCUUAUCCCAAUCCGGAGCCUCUCUCUUCAAAAACUCGCGCGCAGCAUUCGCACCAUCAACCUCAAACCGCUUAUCCUUCGAAAUUAGCUCUCCCGUUGGAUCCCACCCAAUGUCAUGCAUCAGGGCUCCAA